AUGAAUAGAGACGUCUUCUUUUCCUCUGUUUGUUUCCUCGUUUCGAUUUUUAAAACUGAUUCGUGUACGCCGUUCGGAAGGGAAAGUUUGUUGGUAUCACCUACAAUGUUAGGGGUGUCUUCGUCUUCAGGAACCGAACCAGGCAUAUCACGACCAGCAGUAACCAACAAUAACUUGUUUCCUCAACAGUCAAGUGUUCGAGCACGCGGCGAAAAGAAUACACACUUUGGAAUUCCGAACGGAGUCGCCAAAUCCAACAAGGAGAUGUCUGUUUCUCUCGGUGUUGCAUCAUCUCCGUCAAUUAUGGAUGCAAGUGAAUUGAAUUGUUCCGAAUUCGAUGAAUCAUGUAGAUGGAGGAAUGUAGAUGGAAUGUUUGUAGAUGAACUGGAUUGGUAUCAAGGAUCUGGUGAGCUGGAUCAGACGAGACUAGCUGUAGCCACUGCCACAAAUGUGUUACCAGAAGGACAAUACGCUAUUGCUGCCACCGACAUGGUUCAGUUCCCGACGAUCAAAGCUGUUCUAGUUUCUGAUCCAAUAUCUUGUCAGGUUGGAGAUGGAGAGAUCCGUUUCAUCCAAGCUAUUGAGAAGAAUGAUCCGGGACCGGUGUUCGUCAAUAUUCCAGAGCAAGGAGCAGUUCCAUUUCAGAUUUAUAUCAUCGCAGAUCAUUUUACAUUUAAUUCUGAAAACCUAAAAGGAGGAUUCGCUAUAAUUGACUCAAUUGAAUAUUACGCAAGAAUGUGUAAUUCCGAUGAGAAGAAAUCAUUUGAUUAUAGCAGUAAUGGAUCCGACAGUAUUCCAUUGAUUCCUCUCGCUGAAUCCAAAGAUGACUUCCAAGAGGAAAGUUCUCAUGUGACUGUGAAACGAGAGUCCGAUGACUCAUCAUUUGAAACUCUUCAUGCUUUUGGAGCAGUUCCGGAAAUGAACUUCCAACUCGGAAUUCCAAGAGGGUCAGGAGAAAGGACAGGAAUCGUAGAUUUCAGUUCUAAACCAGAUGAAGGACUUAUGAGGAACUCUAUGAUAAAAAUCCGACGUCCUGCAAGUCAAGAAACCAACGAUGUGAAUGACGAAAUCUCGGAUCCAUCGGUUUCGACAGUUUGCGAAGCGAUUGUUUGCUCAUUCAAUGAAUCAGAAGCAUGCUCAAAUAUGGCUUUACAAUCAGAUUGGAGUAUUGGAAAUGGACCAGUUGGCAAUCCAUUGACCGGUGUCAAGGGAGAUGCUUCCUCUCUUCCAUUCAAUGAAAAUGGUUCUUAUGCUUACAUCCAUGGUCCACAAAUAAAAUCUCGUCUUCAAACUCCCUCUUUUAAUGUCGACAAAGCAGUUACAAUUGUGUUCUCGUACUACAAGGCCGGCAAAGCAAGUCAUUUUCAAGCUGUUAUCAAAAAGGAAAAUAGUGAGGAAAUCGUGACUUAUCAAGCUCCCAAAUUGAUCAGAAACUCCAGAAGAUGGUUUAGGGAAAGUUUAAAUAUUUCAGCAGGCCGAUAUGAUUAUAUUGCAUUCGAAGUUUCAAAUCUUCGUCCGAAUCAUUAUGUCGGAAUUGAUGAGAUGUUUGUUGUGGAUGAUCGGAGGAAGUCUUUUUGUUUCCACAGACAUUAG